GUUGGGGCGGCCAUGGCGGCGGCGGGCGGCGGCGGCGCCUCCGGGAGCGGGAUGGCGCAGAAGACGUGGGAACUGGCCAACAACAUGCAGGAGGCGCAGAGCAUCGACGAGAUCUACAAGUACGACCGCAAGCAGCAGCAGGAGAUCCUGGCGGCCAAGCCCUGGACCAAGGACCACCAUUACUUCAAGUACUGCAAGAUCUCGGCGCUCGCCCUGCUCAAGAUGGUGAUGCACGCCAGGUCGGGCGGCAACCUGGAGGUGAUGGGGCUCAUGCUGGGCAAGGUGGAYGGCGAAACCAUGAUCAUCAUGGACAGCUUCGCCCUGCCCGUGGAGGGCACCGAGACGCGCGUGAACGCGCAGGCGGCCGCCUACGAGUACAUGGCUGCCUACAUCGAGAACGCCAAGCAGGUUGGCCGCCUGGAAAAUGCCAUUGGCUGGUACCACAGCCAUCCUGGCUAUGGUUGCUGGCUCUCUGGUAUUGAUGUCAGCACGCAGAUGCUUAACCAGCAGUUUCAAGAACCCUUUGUAGCAGUAGUUAUUGAUCCAACAAGAACAAUAUCUGCUGGAAAAGUAAAUCUUGGAGCAUUUAGAACAUAUCCUAAGGGCUAUAAACCUCCAGAUGAAGGUCCAUCUGAAUACCAGACUAUUCCACUUAAUAAAAUAGAAGACUUUGGUGUACAUUGUAAACAGUAUUAUGCUUUAGAGGUCUCUUACUUCAAAUCAUCUUUGGAUCGUAAAUUGCUUGAGCUUUUGUGGAACAAAUACUGGGUGAACACACUGAGUUCUUCUAGUUUACUUACUAAUGCUGAUUAUACCACUGGCCAAGUCUUUGAYUUGUCUGAAAAAUUAGAGCAGUCAGAAGCUCAGCUGGGACGGGGCAGUUUCAUGCUGGGUUUAGAGACUCACGAUAAGAAAUCAGAAGACAAACUUGCUAAAGCAACAAGAGAUAGUGAAAUGUCCACAAGAGCAAUGCUCUAAAGUUGCUACAAGGAUGAAGUUGCCAACAGGUUUUGCCUUGGUGUCAAUCCCUGUCUGGUGUUACAAAGCAUUGACAGCACUUAAAUUUCAUGUUCCUCUCACAUGCUUAUGGUUUUUCUGAGACAUGAAAUGUUCACYUUUUCUCAUCACCCCACUAUGCUAUUUCUUGCGGUGUUUCUAGAGAUCAAUUUUUCCUGRUUUUAUUCAGACAUGGUUAGUGCUUGACUUACAAAUUCUAAAACUAAAAGGGUGGUGGUUGUCACCAGUUCUGCUUUCCUGGGUAACACAGGGUAGUGCUCUUCCCAUUCUUCCUGGAAUUACUUCCUACCAAAUUGAACAUUGGGUGUCAUUUGAACAUUGGGUGUCACURUUCUAAAAGUCACCCUGCUCUCCAGGAGGAGGCUGUGUUCUUCUG